UCAUUCUGCAGGGAGCAGUUACAGGUCUGCGAUCUGCUUCCAAAUUCCCUUAACAAACCCUUUUUCAAUUAUUUAUUCUUUGCACGUUGCUUUAUUACAGAAGCCUCGGGUCCGAUUCGCUUUCCUUUUUAGUAGUUCAUUCAUUUUUUCGGGGGAGGCACUCGCUGUGCGACUGCAAUUGGCAACUGCUGAUAGAUUUAAGCAGAGUAAUACUUUAAUAGUCUAGAAGUGCAACAUCUUAACUCCUAAGUCGUUAAAGGUAUAUUGGAGGAUAUUUUUUUUUUACAUAUAUUUAUUUUUUUGUGCAAUAUUCAUUGUUUUGACCUCCCAGCAAGUGCUGAUUGCACUAUUAAGUGUUUUAUUAGAACAAAAGGGAACUUGGAAGCCUGAUUUAAGCUAAGCCGUAGACUUCGUGCUGUACAAGAAAGAACAGAAUGGCCGGCCUCAACUCCUUGGAAGCAGUCAAGAGAAAGAUCCAGGCUCUGCAGCAGCAGGCCGACGAUGCUGAAGACAGAGCGCAAGGCUUGCAGAGAGAGCUGGACAGUGAACGGGAGAUGCGUGAGAAAGCUGAAGGAGAAGUUGCUGCGUUAAACCGCCGUAUUCAGCUUGUGGAAGAAGAACUGGACAGAGCUCAGGAACGUCUUGCCACCGCCCUGCAGAAACUGGAGGAAGCAGAGAAAGCUGCUGAUGAGAGCGAGAGAGGUAUGAAAGUCAUAGAAAACAGAGCAAUGAAAGAUGAAGAGAAAAUGGAGAUUCAAGAGAUGCAGCUGAAAGAAGCCAAACACAUUGCAGAGGAAGCUGAUCGCAAAUAUGAAGAGGUAGCUCGGAAGCUGGUCAUUCUGGAGGGAGAGCUUGAGAGAGCAGAGGAGCGUGCAGAAGUGUCUGAACUCAAAUGCAGCGAUUUGGAGGAAGAACUGAAAAAUGUGACUAACAACUUGAAAUCUCUCGAGGCUCAAUCCGAGAAGUAUUCUGAAAAAGAAGAUAAAUAUGAAGAAGAAAUUAAGAUUUUAACAGACAAACUGAAAGAGGCUGAAACUAGGGCUGAGUUUGCAGAAAGAACAGUUGCCAAACUAGAAAAGACUAUUGAUGACCUGGAAGAUAAGUUGGCAAAUGCCAAAGAAGAAAACUUGGGAAUGCAUCAAGUUCUCGACCAGACACUACAGGAACUGAACAGUUUAUAAUGGAACUUGAUGAUGACUCCACACACCCAAAACUAUUCCCUCCUCGGUUUUCUACAUUCUCGCAUAUAAUCUUAUAACAUUCCAAGGGAGCAAAAAAUGAACGUGACCAAAUAUUUUAUUUUUAAGAGACCUUUUUACAAGUCCAGAAAUCAUGUUUUACAUUGGUUCUUUGUACGCUUUUUUUUUUAUAUACUAAAGUCCCAGUGUAAAUUCAGAUCUAGAAUCGUCACGUGUUGUACUGUCUUUGUCUUAUGUUAUUCUGUUACAGGACCACAAAGUAUUGGUAUAAAAUGUCAAAGCUAUAGGAUUUUUUUUUUAAUUCUAUCAAUAAAAUCAAACUGGGAAAUA